GACUUGUUUAAUAUUGUGACUUAAAACCCAUGUGACUUCCUGCUAUCUGUGAAUGGUGUCGGUUCACCAGCUCAGCAAAAUGAAUUUCACCGGCAAAUAUACAUUUGGGAGUGAGGCAAACUAUGAACAAUUUAUGAGGGCUUUAGGUGUACCUGAGGAUGCCAUUAAGCAUGGGAAAAAUUUGAAGUUUGAUACUGAGAUUGUUCAGAAUGGAAAUGAAUUUACUUGGUCUCAAAUUUAUCCAUGCCACACUACAACUAAUAAAUUUGUUGUUGAGCAGGAGUCAGAAUUUGAGACACUGAACUGUGGCAAAGUCAAGGUCACAGCACACCAGGAUGGAGGAAAACUCCAUAUGAAUUUUCCUAAGUAUGUUCAUACUGCUACCAUUGAAGGAGGAAAACUGGUUGAAACUUCAGUGUGUAAAGGGAUCACUUUAAAACGAUUCCAUAAGAAAACAGUUUAAGAUGAUGAAGACUGCUGUUUCCAAGAAUCACUGCUCAUGCUAAAAUAACUUUGUAGUAAAUAACAUUGUACUUGACCAAAUAAAGGAAGUACGAUACC